AUGAAGCAAGUCGGCAAUAUCUACGUGAUUGCGGCCGUCGCCGUCCUCGGCGGCGGCCUGUUGCUACUUCAACCAAGGCCCCGACGGCCCUCCGUUUAUCGACAAGCUGAACUGCACAAGGCCGACAUCCACGGUGCAGGGGGGAUCACCGCCGCCAUGGCGGCCGUCUCAUGGCUCGCAGCCCUGAUCUCAGGCCUACUAUCAAAUCAAUUGGCCCGCAAAACUUCGAUCAUGAUCGGGUGUCUUAUUGGUACCGUAUUCUGGGUCGUCGGUCCAACUUUGAUCUGCGCCUCGCAGAACAUCGGCAUGCUCAUUGUGGGCCGUAUCAUCAACGGUCUGAGUGUGGGUACCAAUCCGCCCAUGUGCCCAUGUAUAUCAGUGCUUCAGCGCGGCCAUGUUCCUCCAUGUGUACUUCAUCUUCCCCGAAACCGCGUGCAAGACCCUGAAGGAGACAGAGUUGAUGUUCGAGGACCCGAACGGGAUCCAGUACGUGGGCACGCCCACCUGGAAAGCCCACGUCCAGACCCGGAAGACGAUCGCCAUGGAGACGGCGACCUGGAGGCGACCAAGGCGCACAACCGGGUCCCCGUCGAGGACGAACCGGCGGCGCGAUCAUCGACUGCGGAGACGACCACGGAGAAGACGGCAGAGUGGCCUACGGCUAGCGCAUAA